UCAGCCAGGCUGAUAAUCUGUCGAUCGCGAGUUUUCAUUAUAAAUUGAGUUUUAUUAUUGUAAACUGGCUGUAAAUGGAGUAUCACUGGCUUAAUCUUUAAAAUGUUCAGAAAUGUCUGCCGACAUAAAACUGAACGGAAGCAGCAAACAUUAAAGUGUGAGAAACUGCAAACAUUCACUAUGUGGUCUGUGUCUUUUAUCGAUAAUAAUAAUAAUUAUAAAAUUACCAAAAUAGUUGGUGAUUAACUUUUUUAAGCGCUACUGUAUGCAUAUCAUGUAUUGUUAUGAAAUUUAAGAUGUCUGUUUGAGUCGACAUAUUAAAGUGAACACAGUGAUUACAGAGGACAUCAUAGCUUAACAUUAUCAUGCAUAAAUUGUUCUGUUAUACAAUUUCUGACUCAGUAUAAGAGUGAAACAUGAGAGAAUUGGGAAAAUUUAGGGAGAGGGUAUGAGAGUCCAGACUGAAGGAUGGUAGGCAAUAAUCAGCUGUACUCACCAAUAUCACGGUGCUAUCGUCGUGGUGAGCAGGAUUAAGGGCCCCUCCUGGGUGAUUUUUGGAUCAUUUCUGCAGAGCAUCAGGAUUACAUUUUCAGCAUGAAAUGGGAUAAAUAAGCUGGUGAACAUGGCAGUGACGGAAAUUCCUGGAGGACGGGAUGCUGACAUGUUUGUCCUUCUGUUUUGUUUCUCUCCAGACCUCCCAAGUUUCUCAGAACCUCACAUUCCUCUAGUGGCUCGUGAGAUCAUGCAGCGAAUGAUCCGCCAGUUCGCUGCCGAAUAUACCUCAAAAACUACUCAGGACGACUCGCCCCUGCCCAACGGCACCAUGAAGGACCAAAGCCUGCCGAGAGCGGCGUCUCUGGCCCCCGCCCCAUGCUCCCCGCCUGGGCCCCUGCCCGCGCCGAGCUCCCCUCAAUCGUCUGCCUCCUCCUCUCCAUCCCCGACCCCGGGGCCUGGCCUCAGCCCCACCUCCGCCGCUGCUGCCGCCUCAGCACCCGCCUGCACCCAGAGCAGCAACGGUACGGGAGCCAGUAACGGUGGAGGAGGAGGUACGGCUGCUGCCUCUGCACAGAAUCCCGUCCUCAGCAAGCUUCUCAUGGCCGACCAGGACGGCCCGCUGGACCUCUCCGUCAAAAAGAACGAGGUCGAUCCGGAGCCGAGCCAGCAGGACGGCGUCCUGGACCUCUCCACCAAGAAGAACCACAGCGCAGGUGACCUCAAAACCUUCCCUGGCUUCUCCCCUGAGCCCGUGGUCAAAGGGCGUUCUAUCAAAGUGGAACGCACCCUGCCAGAUGUGGAAGAGGACGGCCUGCUGCAGAGAAGCUUGCAGGACGGACUGAGGGAGAACUAUGUCAACUCCAACUCCUUCAAGCCCCCGAUGGCCCGCUCGCUGCGCAUCAAGGAAGAGCUCCUCAGCCAGAAGCACCGCCUCCUGAGCCAGCCUGCUGCUCUUUCAUUGGCUAAUCUAGAGUCAGCCGGCUUGCUCAAUAAUGCGCAGUCCUUCUCCUUACUCGGCCAGAAGGGCUCUUCCUCUUUCUGGGGGAGCAAGGCGCACCUCGAAAGCCUGAUGAAGCUAAAGCAGGCCAGCGGAGCUCUGAGCGGGGCCCUCUGUGACCUCAAAGACCUGCCUACAUUCCUGGAGAAUCAUCACCACAACCACCACGGAGCCUUCUCCUACAAAAGUUCCCUCCACCAUCACCACCACAAUCAGGUCUCCAAGGCCCAACACCACCACAAUGAAGGCAAGAGGGACCAGGGCCAUUCACCUCCUGUCGACCUCAAGAUCCCACAAGUUCGGGGUAUGGAUCUCUCCUGGGACUCCCAUGCCUCCGAGCUGUACGGCUACGGUGCCAUGGGGGUUGGGGGUGUUGGCCAUGGGGAGAACACCCUGAGCCGGAAGCUGAGAGCCAUCCUGCCCAAGCAGAACCGCCGGGGAGGAAGCCUUGGAAGCCUGCUAGAUGGGGCGGCUGACUACUGGAGCGCCGACUUGGACCACUCCAGUUCUGUGCCGGCGUACUCCACCUCCGAUGUGGAAGGGGACCCGAACUCAAAGCAGCCGAGGAAGAAGAGGGGCCGUUAUCGCCAGUACAACAGCGAGAUUCUGGAAGAGGCCAUAGCAGUCGUGAUGAGCGGGAAGAUGAGCGUUUCCAAGGCCCAGAACAUGUACGGGAUCCCACACAGCACCCUGGAGUACAAGGUCAAGGAGCGCAUGGGAACCCUGAAGAACCCCCCAAAGAAGAAGCUCAAGCUGAUGAUGAAGAUGGAAGCAGGAGGUCAGGAUUUUCCUCUUGCCGAGUCGGAGAACACGCCCACCGCAACCCCACGAGACGACGGCCCGCCGCUGGCAGCUGCUGAGCUCAAGGACAUUGUAAAAGAAGAGAUUGAUGACAAUUUCAAACCAAUCGACUAAACGACUUACACAUGUAAACCUCAGUCAAAUGACUAAAAGUAAUUUGAAAACGGACGGGGCUUUAUUUGUGCCAAUUUACUUUGCAGUAUCUGGGUGAGCACAAACGCAGGGAUAAUAUGAGGAGGAUUCUUAAAACAAACUGGAGAUAAACAACUAAUCGGAUGGUUUCUAACAAGCGUUGUUUUGGCGACGCAGUGUAAGCAUUUGUUCAGCUUUUAUAUCCAGGGGCUUAACAAAUGCAGCUAAAGACAUUAGUUAAAUGACAAUUGAUGAAAUUUCCAUAAGCAUGCUGAUAAUCCCCAGCCCAAAAAACCCAACCUCCCUCUUUUCUGAACUUGAUACACUGAACCAAUGCUGCUUAUAAAAGCAGUUUGGGCUUUGGACCAUUCCAAUUUGGGAGGGGGGAUGAGGGGAUGGUUGAAAAUUAACAAAAAAACUGACAAAUUAGUCCCUUUACUGCUCCCCUCUCUCAUGGAGUACUAGCCGAAAAAUUGGUAAGUGAACUUUCUAUUAUAUUUGAAGCCAACUGUAAGGUUUAAUCAUACCAUUGAUAUCCCUCACCAGGGUUCUAAAUCAAAACCCAUCCUCUUAUUGCCAGGUAGCCAUGACGCUUUAACUGCAAACCUUUUCUUUCCUCCUUAAGAUAUUCUGCUAAUCUCUGUGCGGACAAAAGCAACAUUAACCCGUCCUUUUUGAAUGAGAAAAGACACACAAAAGUCAUUCAGGGAUGCAUGUUUGUGAGUUUCGUGGACACUACUGACUUCUAUAAUCGACUUCUUUUCCUCUAUCUUUAUCUUUUUCAUUUGAUUUGUUUUGCUUUCUUUUGCACUACACUUUGGGUCUGGCGCUUACAGACCAGGUUACCUCGGCAUUGUUGCCCUUGCAUCAUGCACUUAUUAUGGUCUGUCUCUGAAGCCCA